AUGGCACGCAACAUUUCGCACGGCCGCGGCGGCGCUGGCAACAUCUACUCCAGCGAAACCCGCACAACCCCGCAAGACCUCGUCACGCCGACCAUCAAGCAAGAAGUCUACACAACCGGCCGUGGCGGAUCAGGUAACAUGGUGCACAACGACCCCGACCGUCCAGAGAUCGCGCGCGAGAGCCAGGACGUCGAGGCCCCGCCUAGGCGCGUUCAGGAGGGGGCGCCGCACCAUACCGGUCGUGGCGGAGCCGCAAACCAAUAUAUCCCCACAGCGGAAGAAGAGAGGAAGGCCCGUGAGGAAGAGGAGCAGUUGCGUCGGGUCAUCACGUCGAAGUCGGUCCGUGAGCCGCGGGAUAUCGAGGAGGGGAACGCGAAUGCGGAGCGGGGCAGGUCUUCGCCGUCGAGCUGA